ACUGGGACUUUUGGUGUAAGAUUGUAAGGUGUUUGGGCCAGGAGAGAGGGUGGCUUGGGGUGAAGGCUAUGUGUGGGGGCUAGAGUUGAUCUGAAGCAGCAUUGAGGGUGUUGGUGUUGGAGCUGGAAGUAAUUUCCUAGUGUGAGCAGAGCUGCUGGUACAAGCAGUAUUGGGGAUGUGGUGUGUUGUCAGGGGGUUUUGACACUACUGGUUGGAGGGAUAACAGCUCUGGCACUCUGGCAGUGCUCAGCUGAGAAAGUUAGAGAGCUCUUGGGAAGAGGCUGUCUGUUUUAUUAUAGAUGCAGAGGCAUUUUAUGUCCUGUAGUGUUUGCCAAGUGGAAGUGGCUGAGGUGGGUUGGAUCUUUGGUAAUGUUAGUUUCUCCAGAGGUAGUGGUUUUUAUGUCAAUGUUAUCUGGUGUUUAAGACCCAAUGUUGUGCAGUCCUGAGCACUUGUUGCACGGCUGUUCAGUCAGCAGCAGACUUGAAAAGUCAGGUCUUUUGUCCCAUUCUUCAGAGGUUUAAAAUGAAUCCAGAGCUGUUGUCAGAGCCACAAGUCGUUUAUCUUAAACAUGCACAAGUGCAGGUGUAUUCACAGUUGAUUUGAAUCAUGACCAAGACUUCUCAAGGUGAACCUUUGUAUGUUCACCAGUUAUUUUGAGAUACAAAUGACUCUUUUGAGACAUGUUGAUGCUAUCACGAUUUUAGAUGAGAGUAUGUAGCUUAUUAUAAAUUAUCAAGGUCUAUCCAUACAAAAUAUAAUAUACUUAACAAGAAAUUUAAAUGCAUUUUGAUGGCAAUAUGUUAUUUAAGCUCUAAACAACAUGUAAUGGACUUUCAUUUAAUUGUAUACACGUAAACAAUCCACUGAUGUUUGUUAAAUUGGGGUCAGUUUAAUUAAGACAGAAAGACAGGAACUCAGUUUCCUUGAAAUUGUUCAUACAAGUUAAUAUUUUGGUUUUAGAGUGAUUUUAGAUUUUGUUUUUUAUAUAUCAUGGGAUAUGUUUAAGAUUACAUGUCCCACAGGAACUUGAAGUUUGUGAAGCACUCAUCAUCUCUCGUGUUUUCCAUAGUUAUCCUUUAAAUUUAUAUUUGUAUUUAGAGCAAGGAAAAAAACUGCAAACCCAGCCAGAUGAUGGACUGAAGCAUAUACUAGGUUUCAUCAGCAGCAAAUGGGGGAUUUAUUAUUGUCUCUAAUAAGAAGGAGUGUUUGAGAGUAAACAGAAAUAACAUAUUUCCAUAGUUUCAGUUAAAAGAAAUCUGCCUUUUUUUGGUGCGUACUUCCACUAGGCUUUACACAAAGCACGCUUCCUGCUUUAAGCACAGCCUAGCCCUCAGCACUGAUCAACCCUACCCACCCAUGCCUACUCAAAACCAUGCAUGAAAGACAACACACACAAUGCACACACAAAAGCAAGUGCGUUGUUAGUUUAAGUGCUAUGGUGGUUUAGGAUACAUAAUACCUCAAUCUACAAUGAAUUGGCAGAUCCUCCUUAUUAGUUUGUGGAUACAAGUGGGCUUUGUCCCUGGGAUACAUUGCAAGGAUGGAACUGUCAGUCAUCUGUCAAGUGAAGAUGUUUUGCUCUUAGAGGAUGACCUGGAUCCUAAAUGUUUCAGCCGCACAGAACAGGAUUUUACCUGCUUCUUUGAGACUGCAGACAACAGAACUUAUGAUUUACUCUACAAGUCUGAUAGCCUGCCUGGAAAGAAAAGGUGUGAAAUGUCUGUCCAGAGAACAGAAGUCGGAACUUUACUUCAUAUCUGCUCAUUUCCUGGGUCCGAUGUUUUCUUGUUUGUGGAAAUACACCUUGAAGUGGUGGAGCGCAACACCAACACCCGCCUCUACAGUCGCGUUGUCUGUGUGGAGGACCAAUUGCUCCUGGAUCCACCCUUCAGUGUGUCUUUAAACCAAAAUGGCCAAGCAGGACAGCUGGAAGUUUCAUGGCACAUAAAGGUCACAAAAUACUUUGAAGGGCAUGUGAUGUAUAAGAUUCGAUACUCAUCCAACAGUUUGGGAGAGAAGAUAAAAGAGACAAAGGAGUGCAGCAUACUAGACUCUCUGGUACCAGGGGAGGAGGUUGAGGUCCAGGUCUCCGUCAGAUGUGCCUCUAAUCCAAAUACAGGACACUGGAGCGGCUGGUCACACCCUGUGCGAGCCGUGGUUCCCCAAAGUGCAGAUGAUAUUUCUCUAAUGUGCUACACAUCCGACCUGCAAAACAUCACCUGUCUUUGGCAUGGGAGCAGAUAUGGUGAAGAGAACGUGUACAAACUUUUGUACAAGAUGGGCCUCAGUGAAGAUUUGGGCUGGACAGAAUGGACAGAGUGUCUCGCCGACAGCGACGUGACUGAACUGUGCCAUUUCCGUGGAGAGGAGUCCAGAAGAGUCCGGGUCAAGCUCAGCAGCACUUCAGCUCCACUCAGCAGAACCUUAUAUACUCAAGAGUUCACUCUCAGCAACAGCGUCAAAACAUCCCCACCAUGUCAUCUGAAAGGAACAUUGGAAAAAGACAAGUUGUGCUUGAAAUGGGAAGCUCCUCUUCUGUCUCUGUCUGCUCACCUGCAGUAUGAAGUCAGCUGCCAGAUCAGCCAGGGUGAAGCAUGGAUUAAGUCCCUAAAGGGCCCUGAGACGGGCACAUGUCGAGAGGUUCCAACAGGUAGCCGUUACAGUGUUAAGAUCAGAGCCAAACCUAAUGGGUCCAUUUACUCAGGACACUGGAGCGACUGGUCAAAUGUGCUUACUGGCGACGUCCCUGCUGAUAUAGGCACAUUGCUCAUGCUGUGUAUACCUGUCUUGAUGCUGAUGAUUGCCAUCAUCCUCAUCUCCUUCUUUUCCACGUACCACAGUAAACUCAAGCUGUAUUUUUGGCCGCCGGUGCCCGACCUUGACAAAGUCCUACAAAGUUUUCUGACAGAGGUCACUGGGCCGCAAUGGAAUCCUCUGAUAACAGCAAAGCAGUACUCCGACGAAACCACUUCAUCUGUGGUGGAGAUAAUGUCUGAAGAUGACGUUUCCCAAUCAGGGGUAUCCACCAGGCUCCUGUCAUUAGAAAGACAGUUCUGCAGCAGAGAACAGGUAGAUGGAAGCCCCGGGACGAAAGUCUUUCCAGACUAUGUGACUCUGAACAAAGACAGUGUCAUUCUUUGCCCGAAAGGAAACAAGUAUGUCUACGAGGAAGUUGGAGAGAAAGGAGGCCCGGAGAUGAGCGAUGAGCUCUUCCAAACAUGUCAGGGUUCCUGCCCUGAUGGCUCAGUCUGUAUCCCACCCUGCUCUGGCAGUGACUUUCUUAACCAUGCCUACUUGCCUCUGGCUGAGCCUGCAGACAGAAUCGACUGCAAGGUCACUGUUGCAAGGGGGCCAGGCAACCUCUAUACUAAUUUCCCCUGUAGCUAAAUGUACAGAACAGCAACUGUACUUUACUUCCACUGGUGCAGACGCUUACACAAAGGCGUGUUACCAUGUAUUCAUAGUAUAAUGGGGAUUAGUUUUAAUCAUUGCAUUCUCUCUCCCAUCAUUACAGUCUCUUUGAAAGGUGGACAAAUCAACAUUUGAGAACAAGAAUAUAACAUUUCUAUGACAGUUCAAGCUUUUGGUUAACAUGUUGAAGAUAAUUAAGCAUACCUUAUUGUAAUAUUUCUUUUAUAUUGGUAAUUGUAUAUACAGUUCAGGACUGCUGUCUUUUUAUGUCCACAAGAGGGAACCUAGAUGACGAGAUAUUUUGUGAGAUUACGAGAAAAGACCCCACUUAAUGGCUUUGGUGGUCAAGAAGAUUUUUUAUCUUAUAAGACCUGUUUACAGUAAUUACCAGGUGGUAGCCUGCAGUUAGCUUAGAGUACCUUGGACCAAAAAGGGAAGGAAGGAGAUUUCAGAGGAUGAUAUAUUCAAAUGCUAAAUUUCAAUUGUAUUUGUAACCUUCUGUGUCGAGUAUGUGAAAAUAAACGUGAAGGUGCCAUGAGGGUUUGGGACUAUUACUAUUGCUAUUUCACGCAUGAAAGAUAACUUGUUGGUUUUUUUUCAGAUCUUUUCAAUUGUCUUAUUUUUUCUCAUGUCCUUGUAAACCUCUUAACGUUGUGUUCAUUAUACAUUGCAUUAUGCAGGUUUGUAUUUUUGUCAAUAAACGAUGAAAAGCU